GGGCGCCCCGCAACCCGUGCGCGCGCCCGGCUACGCCCCCUGGGCCGACCCGCGCAUGCGCCGUGCUUCUGGCGGGAGCCGGCGGUUGGUUUGAGCGGCGGCCUGCCCCGUAGCAGCGGGAAGAUGUGGGCUGCGCUGCGGGCUCGCUCCGGGAACCAGCCGGCACAGGCAGGCAGGGCUGUUCCCGCCCCGCUCGGCAUGGAACUGCCCGCCGGCUGCUGGGACAGCACCCGGGCCGCCCUGCGGCAGCUGGAGGGGCGGCUGCGCUGCUCCCGCUGCAUGAACAUCCUUAAGGAACCUGUGUGCUUGGGAAAAUGUGAGCAUGUCUUCUGUCUAGCUUGUGUGGGUGACUGUAUUGGCACAGAAUGCCCAGUGUGUCACACGCCAGCCUGGGUACAAGAUGUGCAAAUAAAUAGGCAGCUAGACAACAUGAUCCAGCUGUGCAGCAAACUGCGACAUCUACUGGGCAAAGACGUCACAGAUUCUGCAGAAGACUUGUUCACGUCAGUAGGUCCUGAUCAUGAAACAAGAAGUAAGAAGAAGCAGAUAAAAAUGUGGUUCAGCCCACGCAGUAGGAAGAUCAGAUGUGUGCUAAACAAUAGUUCCCUUCAGAAGCAGAAUCAACUGGUGACUAAUAGUGGUUGCAUUAACCAAGGCCCAUCUUCUACUUUUGACUUCCUUCCUUCUCCUCCUCAAGAGAAGCCUUCCAAGAUGACCAAGGAACCACCAUCACACAGAUCGAAGAAAAAACUGAAGAAAAAGAGUCUAGCAGACAUCAACAAAGUGUGGGGUAUAGAGAAGGAAAAGCAGAAAGAGGGCAGUGGAAUCGAAGGGGAGACCCAAGAUGAAUUUAAAGAAAAGACUGUGACCUUUUGCAGCCAGUCAUUAGUUCUAUGCAGCCCCGAACCACAUAGUACGGAAGAGACAAUAGGACAGGAGUUUGUAAUGGAAACCGACCUUAAGGAUGGAAGAGAAUCCCACUUGGAAAUGGACACACAAGUAAAACCCACAGAGGAUAAAGAUAGCUCUGCACAAGUUAAUACAAUGAAUGGUUUUAAUACAGAGAAACCUCUGCCAUCAGAAAAUGAAAUUACUCCUUUAAAGCGCGGAAGGCAGCAGUCCAUAUCCCCCACUAUAUCUCAUGCUAAAAGACUGAGAAGAAGUGAUCAGCGUGCUGAUACGCACUCAGUCAACCAGGGUGUUUGCAAUCCUGAGGUAACUGCCAUGAGCAUUGUUAAAAUCUCUCCAACUACUGAACAUGGAACUCCAGUUCAUAUCUCCUCUCCUGCAUUUAAACUUACUGGUGGCACCUUAUCAAAGACAAGAAGCUCUGCAAUCUUUCAAGAAAUCAAUAGCCCUUCACUUUCGAAAACUCCCUCUACCCCAUUCACUUCAAAUACUCAUAAUCAAAUGGAAACAACACACAGCCCUUCCCUCUUGAAGAAGUCUCCUAGUAAUAACACAACUACCAAAAGGAAUCACAGAGGAGAGUCCUUGCUCCACGUUGCUUCCAUCAAGGGUGAUGUAUCAGCCGUUGAACACUUACUGAAAAAUGGAGCAGACCCCAAUGUUAAAGACCAUGCUGGAUGGACGCCAUUGAAGACAGUUAUGAGAAAUAGACUUCCUGAUGACAAUGUGAGAAUGCUCUUCCUUUAGAAUCAUCCCACCUCUCCUCAAGUGUCAUUGUUCUCUCUCACUUUUACUAUCAUAUUCAGGAUAAUCUUCACCUAUGAUUUCUUAAGUGUGGAAAAUUAUCUCUUUCCAGGUUCGUGUGCAAGCACAGUUUCUUGUGCAUCUUGUAAACUGUUAAUACCAUUAGAGCUGUAGUUCCCACCAUUUUGGGUGCACAUUAGACAGUGGAAUUUGAACUUUGGUUAAAUAUAUUUUUGUAUUAUCGCAUGCUUGAAUUUCAUUAAAAAAUGAUAGCUAGUGAGUGCUAAUCCCUUUUCAUCCUCUGCCUUUUUCUCCCAAAGAGCGUGUUUGACCCUAGUCGACAUAAAGGAAUGCCUUCCAAGUUAGUCUUAUUUGCACACCAGGUGGUCUCUGUUCAGUUCCUCUGUGCUCUUUAUCAAUGCCAUGUUUGAAAAGAUAAUUACUCAUGAUGGCCAUUGUAUUGUCAAAAUUGAAUAGUGUCUCCAUAUCCUGCUGCCAUUCUGAGAGAGGCUAUGAAAGUGAAUGCAUUAACUCAUGGUAACAAACCUCCAUUUAAAAGAGAAAAUUCUGUGCUUUCAUUAGAAUUUUAUGUCUUUCUUUCCUGUGUG